ACACAGUAUAAAUAUAACUUGCGCAAGGAGCCCUUCAUGCCACACUCUAACAUCUAUUCAGCUAAACACAUAACAAGACCAGAAACAUCACCAUGUGGACUCUGAUGUACCUCCUCUUGAUGUUCACGACCUGUUGCCUCACUCACAAUACUGUUGAGCAGAUAAAGGAAAACAUGAAAUCCUAUGCCAAGGACUAUCUUAUCCAAUACUAUGUGCCUUAUGUUAACACACAACCCGAUGAAGCUAAACUGAAGCUGUUGAAACACCUUGAGGACAACCUGCUCCUAAUAACUGGUAUGGAUGACAAGGAGGGGGCUGAGGGGAUGGACACGCAGCCAAAAGGCCUAGGUAAAGUGACUACAGACGAAGAUAAACUUGGACACAAGAUCAGAGGUUUGUCCAAUAAGGUUGAAAGUAACGACGGCCUGCUUGUCAUCGAUGCUAAGAAUCUAAUGAGGGCUGUUUCCAGAGAUGUAGAGGACAGUCUGGAUCAAAAGGUCAGAAGUUUGUCGAAUAAGGUUGAGAGUAACGAUGGCCUGCUUGUCUCAAAUCCCCAGAAUCUAAUGAAGGCAGUUUCCAGAGAUGUAGAGGACAGUCUGAAGCAGAAGAUCAGACGUUUGUCGAAUAAGGUUGACAGUAACGAUGGAUUGCUUGUCUUCAAUCCUCAGAAUCUAAUGAGGGCAGUUUCCAGGGAUGUAUAGGACAGUCUCACAGACAUCAAAGCGAUCAUUGAUCAUGUACAUAAAGAAGUAACUGAUGAUGCCAAACUAUAUAAAGUGUUGAAAAA